GCUGUUCUUCCUGCCCACCCACCCCUCAUCCUUCUAUCGCCCGGGUCUGCCGUCCGUCUGCCGUCCGUCUGUCUCGUUUCCCUCCGGAGGACUGCUCUCGCCAUGGCCGUCUUCAAGCUCACUUCGCUCUGGGUCCUCGUCCUGCUGCUGGUGGCGGCCCACGGUCGCCAUCUCCCUCGCCAGAUUCCUCCAGUCUCCAGCUCGGCUCCCCCCGUUCCUCCUCCCCCUCCUCCUCCCACCAGCUCCAGCGCUCUGCCUCCCACCUCCACGUCGAUCCUGCACUCGUCGACAACGUCGCUGGUGCCGUCGUCGUCUUCGGUGCAGACCUCGACUACUACAACCUCCUCCAGCCCUUCUGCUGCUGUCACUUCCCAGAGCUCUCUGACCGCCACAUCCUCCAGCCCCUCCGGCUCGCCCACGGCCUCUGGCACAGCUUCUCCAUCGGCCACCCCAACCACCGCCCCGGCCCCAAGCAGCGGUGGGGACGCCACCACCAUCGCCCUCGCCGUCGGCGGAAGCUGUGUCGUCGUCGCCGCCCUCGGCAUCUACAUCUUCCGAAAGUGGAAGCUCAAGCCCUCCGACUCGUUCCGCGAUCGCAUCAAUCCCAACUAUGCUGCCAACCAGGAGCAGUACCGUCUGGAGCAGCUCGCCGCCCAGGGCGUCAGCACCAAGCUGCCUGUCGCGCCGUCCUGGGAAACCGGCUCCACUUACUCGCACCAGCGCAGCGGCAGCAACCAAGGGCCGCUACCAGUUGGCGGCUUUGUCCAGUCGGUCCCUCCCGCCUCCAGCUUUGGUGGCCACACCGACCCUCGUCUGAACCCUUACAGCGAUCCUUACGGCCGACCCCAGCAGCAGCAGCAGCAGCCGUAUUCCAGCUACGGAUACGACACCAACUCCAACCACGGACAGUCACAGAAUCCGUACACCCGGCCGUACUAAUUUGCCGUAGGCUGCGUACCCUCCCACCUCUGCAACCCCGCAGCUACACCGAGGACAACUGUCGCUUCCACCCCGUGGUUCGCGCAGCAGGACUAGAUUGACGGUCUGCUUGGUAUUGCGUCGCCGACUCUCCCCACCCCGCCCUGUCCCUUCCGUCUCUCCCCCAUCUCUCUUGCUCUUGUAAUUCUGUCCGUGCCUAUCCCAGAGCGGCAGGGCGCCACGCAUCUGCUUGUUCGCGACGACU